AUGCAUACUGCCGCUGUUUACGUUAACAUUAUGGAAAAUGUAAAACAAAAGAAACCAUGCGAUGUUAAUAAUUGCGAAAGGUUUCGUCAUAGUUCUCUACGUAAAACUGAUAUACUGAGAAAUACUGAAGUUACGACUCAUGUCAAAGAAAUACACCCAAAUAUUCCAUUGAAAAUUUUACCUAUAAAGAUUCGAGGUCCAAAUGGUACUUUCGAUGUCACAGCCUUACUUGAUGAGGGAAGUACUGCAACGCUGAUUGAAUCUGACACAGCUACGAAAAUUGGACUUUAUGGACCUACAUCGCCCUUCUGUUAUAAGUGGAAAGGUGAAGUAUAUCAUUUUGAAGAUGAUUCUCAAAUUGUGGAGACCGAAAUUGCUGGUAAAAAUAAUACAAGUUUUUACAAACUUCGCAAUAUCAGAACAAUCAAGAAUCUUGACCUACCUGUUUAA